UAUGGUAUUUAUUUUUGGAAGUCAAGUCAGUGUAGUAGAGAGUAGUUUGUGUGAUAAAAUAUUUUUUGUCUUUUUGUAUCAAUUAUAUCAGUGUCCUCUUCAGUUACCCAUUAUUUUAAAUUAGAAGUAAUAAGUGUUAUGUUUAAAUAUAUGAUAUAUUCCCAGUCAGUGUAAUUAUGAACAAGAAUCCAUAAGUCAUUUUGGUCCCUUCAGUCAUCUCGCAAAUUCCGGAAAUUGUUUGACAUCCUGUCGUAAUUACGUGUUUUAUGCUACCAAAAGCAAAGAGGACAUUUUAAAAUCACAAAUUUAUAACAUGGUGCUAGAGUUUCUACACAAUGUCAACUGAAAGUUGCUUAGUAAAAGCAAUCUACUCAUUCAAAGGCAAGAAUAAUGACGAACUGUGUUUCAAAAAGGGUGAUAUUAUCACAGUCACUCAGAAGGAGGAAGGGGGCUGGUGGGAGGGAACCUUAGGGGAAACCACAGGAUGGUUCCCUAGUAAUUAUGUUACAGAAUGUAAAGAUCAAGCUGGAUCUUUAACUACAUCUCCUAUUAGAGCAGCAUCUGAAAUUCAAGCAUUUAGAAAUGUUGUCCUCAAAGACAUCAUUGAUUCAGAAAAGGCACAUGUGGCCGAGAUGCAGGGGCUGGCCAGUAACUUCCUUCAACCCCUGGAGAAUAGUGACAUGCUAACAAGAGAUGAAUUCAAGCAAUUGACAGGCAAUAUAACUGAGGUGCUACAAACUCAUGAACAGUUCCUUUCCCUGUUAGAAGAAUGUGCAACCAAAACAGGCCCAGACCAGCGGGUGGGUGGCCUAUUCUUGCAAUGGGCUCCAAAGAUAAAAUCAGUGCAUCAAACAUACUGUGCUGGUCAUCCUAAAGCAGUGUGCAUCCUCGACAAAUACAAGGAGGAACUUAACACAUGGAUGGAGAAUGCCGGUGCUGUAUGCCCUGGAGUGUUAGUACUAACAGCAGGACUAUCCAAGCCAUUUCGUCGACUCAGCAAGUACCCGGCGAUGCUGCAAGAGCUUGCGCGACAUGUUCAUGAAGCGCAUCCAGACAGGGGCGACACACAUCGCGCUUCAGUUGUUUACAAAGAUAUAGCUAGUGGCUGCGCAGCAUUACGGCGGCAAAAAGAGCUAGAGCUCCAAGUAGUAACAGGAGAAGUGCGCGGAUGGCCCGGUGGCGAGCUAGCGGCCCUAGGCGAUGUCUUGCACAUGGGCAGUGUAGCAGUGGGACCUUCGCACCAAGACCGGUACCUCGUGCUUUUCCCUUCGGCGCUGCUUUUGCUAUCUGUUAGUAAGAGGGUGUCGGCUUUUGUUUAUGAGGGUUGUCUGCCACUGACCGGCAUAACAGUCUGCAAACUGGACGACUCAGAAACAAGGAAGAAUGCAUUUGAAAUUAGUGGUCCAAUGAUAGACACCAUAGUAGCGGUGUGUCAGACGCGAGCGGAGGCCGACAACUGGGUCAGUUUGUUGCAAAAACAUUCGAACACCAGCAGUCCUGCACAUGAACCUGGUCAGCCGCAAUCACUGCCACAUAUGGCCAUGACAGACGGCAAUAACGCUGAUUUAUCGUCAGGUCUAACAAGCCACAAAAGAUCACACUCAUUCAACAACCAUCAAAGCUAUUCGCAGCAUACCCAGCAAACGUCAAAACAUAAACAAAAAAAUCAGUCGGCCCGCUGGCUUUUAAAUUCUUGCGACUCUAUUGAUCAGUCGCCUGCCAAACCAAAUAAAAAUGCUAUCGGUAAAAAAUUCUCUUCCGUUGAUUUCAUCGACACGGCGGGAUCGAACUACAGCAAUAAAGGAUGGAGUAUAACAUGUUUGCGCCCCGCGCCGCCCCUGCGGCCGCAAUCCUUCACGGUGGGCUCCGACGAGAACAUAGGUCCGACGCAUCCGUAUGCACCACACCAACGAAAGUCAAAUUCCUAUGAAGAAGACGCUCUUAUUCUUAAGGUCAUCGAAGCCUAUUGUACUUCGGCGCGCUGUAGAAAUGCUGUAAGUUCUGUACCCAAUAUACCACUGGAGAUAUUCGAGGCUACAAGGAGGAGACAUGCCAAGUCAAGAAACCGUAUUAUCAUGGACUGCGGUCACUUGUCUCUUGGUAAAGUACAAUAUCACGCACCCGCUUCUAACAUUUUUCACUAUAACUACACUAAAUUUCCUAUAGUCCAAAGAAGUGAGACCCCCGACCACGUAGGAUGCAGCAAGUCUUCGAAAGUGAAGCGUAACAAAAGCUCAGCUGCCGACACUUACCUGUACCGCGGCCCCGAGACGAGGAGGCUGCUCUCGGAACGCAAGUUCCAGAUGAACCGUUCUAACCCGAAUCUAUGGGAAUGUUCAGAGGAGCGCAGGCAGAAGCUGUGCGAGGGUCGGGAACGGCGCAGCGGGUCGCACCCGAGCCUCGCGGCGGCGCUGCGCGCGGUCGCUCCCGCCUCCGCGCCCGCGCCCGCCCCGCUCGUCGCUCCCCGCGCCGCUCGCUCGGCGCGUUCCUCCACUUGGUGCUGCGGAUCAUUCGUCAAACAACUCACCAAAUCUCACCACUUUGACUGACACAAAAUGCGACGACGAGAGCC